AUGCUCGCCACAACGAUUCGGUCGCCUCCCUCGGUGGACGACUACGUCUCUCUCUCCCAAUACCAGACCCAAACACCGGCAUCCUUCAGCGACGGCAAGCCUGUGCUGCAUUUCCACCUGCCGGAAGCCCUCGCCUCCGUCCCCAAGUCGCAGUGCGGAAUUCUGGCCCUCUUCCCUGCAGACACCCCCGCCGCCGAACCUCGGGCCGCCACGAAUGGACACGAGGAGGAGACGGCAGAGCUGAAAGUCGAGGUCUUUUCUGGCGUCUCGAUACCCUACCCUUCCAUCUCGAUCCACGCAGUGAGGCAAGUUCCAGCGGCUCCGGACGGCGGCAGCACGUGCACGAUAUGGAUGCAGCUCGAGUUCCUGGACGGCGGCGCAGACGACGACGGCCCCAGCACCAUGGAGCUGACCAUAGUGCCUGGUGAUGCGGCAGACGCGCAAAAGCUCUACGAUGCCAUUGCCAGCUGCUCCAAUCUGCACCCUGACCCUGUCGACGGCCACGGCGACGACGAGGAAGAAGGAGCAGACGACGAUGGCGGCGACUACGACGGCUUCGUUUUUGAGGACAGUGCGGCAAGGGAGGCUGUGGACGGCUUCACGGGAGUCCUGCGCGGCGCGGCAGAUGGCGGGCUGCCGCCUCCCAUGCCGGGCAGCAGCGGCUGGAUCACGGCGGACAACGUCGGCGAGUACUUUGACGAGGAGGGCAACUGGAUCAGAGGCAGGGACGAGGGACAAGGAAAUGGCGCGGGGGAAGAGCCCGGCCAGGGGCAGGGGGCGGGAAGAACGAGGCGGCGGGAGGAGGCUCCAGCUGACGGGGAGAAUGGCGGUGGCGACGACGCGGAGAACAAGCGGCCGCGGGUUGAAUGA